CCCAAACGCUCUUGGCCUUGCACCCCCCUCCCUAGCUAGCUAUAUCUCCCCCUCGUCUCCCAUCAGGCCAUCACACCACUAGAAGCCUAGCACAGGCACCAACCAACCAAACCCGGCCGCCCACCCCCUUUCUUCUCUCUCUCUCUCUCUCUAGCUAGUUCCCAAAUCGCGGCAGCAAGUGUUGCAGGCAGCAACAACAGAUCCGAUACAUACUAGGUUCCGUUGCAUCACACAUCAGUCACCCCAACCCGAACCAUCAAAUCACAAACCCAGACCAGACCAGAUCGAUCCAUCCAUCCAUCGUGUACACGAUCGAAUACAUACUGCCCGCCCACCACACCACCGGUCAAAUCACACCCCGCGAACGGAGGAUCGAUCGAGGAGAGAAAGGAAAAAGAGGGGGCCGGCUGGCCGGAGAGAACAAUCAGUUACAGUAGCUCGACUAGCCAGCCACCCGCGCUUGCUUCCAUCCUUUCCCGUUCGCUGCUGCGUCAAAUCGAUCGAGCUCGAGCCCAAGAAACCCCGGCCAGCACUCAGCAGCUAGUGGCCAUGUCGUCGUCCUCCUCCUCCGGGGCCUCCGUCGCCGCCAGCUUCACGCCGGUAUCGCAGCAGCAGAUGGCGGCUGUGGAGAACCUCCCGCCGCCGCCGCCGCAGCAGCAGCAGCUGGCCGUGCAGGAGGAAGCGCCGCCCGGCUCCGAAUCCGAGCAGCUCUGCUACGUGCACUGCCACUUCUGCGACACCGUCCUCGUCGUGAGCGUGCCGAGCAGCAGCCUGCUGAAGACGGUGACGGUGCGAUGCGGCCACUGCAGCAGCCUGCUCACCGUCAACAUGAGGGGCCUCCUCUUCCCGACCACCACCGCCACUCCGGCCGCCUCCGCUGUCACCACACUCACUGACAUCUCGUCUCCGCCUCCAACCACUGCCGGAGGAUCUCACCACGGCCAGCAGUUCCAGUACUCCUCCCCAGCCCACUCGCUCAACCUCGCGCCCGGGCCCGGCGGCAACAUCCACAACCCACCCCGGCACUCCCUCUCCCUCCUGGAUGAGAUAUCCAGCACCAACCCAGCAAGCCUGCAGCUGCUGGAGCAGCACGGUGGCGGCAUGGUCGCGGCCGCCAGGAACGCCGCGGCACCGGCUGCGGCUGCGGCGCCGCCCGCGGCGGGGAAAGGCGGGAAGGAGCCGUCGCCGCGGACCAACCCCAUCGUCAACAGACCGCCGGAGAAGAGGCAGCGCGUGCCGUCGGCAUACAACCGCUUCAUCAAGGACGAAAUCCAACGCAUCAAGGCUGGCAAUCCCGACAUCUCGCACAGGGAGGCCUUCAGCGCUGCUGCCAAGAACUGGGCCCACUUUCCACAUAUCCACUUCGGCCUCAUGCCGGAUCACCAGGGGCUCAGGAAGACCAGCCUCCUACCUCUACCUCAGGAUCAUCAGAGAAAGGAUGUGCUUCUAAAGGACGGGCUUUACGCUGCGGCCAACAUGGGGGUUGCUCCGUAUUGAUAUUAAGCUAGCAAAAACUACAUCAUCGCCGAGCUUCCUUAACUAGCUCUCCUACUUUCAACUAGCACUACCAAGUUAUAUAUCUCUAGCUAGCUAGGUCUUUUUUUUUUAUCCCCUUUCAGUUACCUGAGUUCGUCUUAUGACCUAUAUUUAAGUGACAUAUAGAUCUAGUAUGUCUGCUAUCUUUAAUUAGCACACUACAUGCAUAUGUUUUGCAUGUCUGCUAUAUUUUGCUGUAGUACUAACCGCGCAGUCCUAGUCAUGCAGUCGCGCGGUAUAAUCAACCACCGCAAUAUUUUCCCAUC